CUUGACCAAAUUUUUGGCCUGGCCAAUUCCAGCACAUUUUCAUUCACAACAGCACUCGCCCAGCCAGGAUUCUUGUCUUGGCCCGCCACCGGUCUGUUGAAUCAAACUAGAAUCUCCGUUGCUGCUCAGCGCAGGCCAUAGAUUCGCGAUGGCUUCUUCUUCCACCGCCGAAGCCCCCGUCGCUGGCGAUGCCUCGUCGCCGCCCGUCGCCAUUGUCUGUGUUGGCAUGGCAGGAUCCGGCAAGACGACCUUCAUGCGCCGAAUCAACGCCCAUCUCCACGAGAAGCAGACUCCUCCGUACGUCAUCAACCUCGACCCGGCCGUCAUCUCCGUCCCCUUCGAGUCCAACAUCGACAUCCGCGAUUCCGUCAACUACGAGGAGGUCAUGAAGCAGUACAACCUCGGCCCCAACGGCGGCAUCCUGACGUCGCUCAACCUCUUCGCUACAAAGGUCGACCAGAUCGUCGGCCUGCUGGAGAAGCGCGCCAAGCCCGACCCCGAGAAGCCCGACCGCGCGCCCAUCGACCGCAUCUUGGUGGACACGCCCGGCCAGAUUGAGGUUUUCGUGUGGUCUGCUUCCGGAACCAUCUUGCUCGAGUCUCUCGCGUCCUCCUUCCCUACUGUCAUCGCCUACAUCAUCGAUACCCCCCGUACCUCGUCGACGUCGACCUUCAUGUCCAACAUGCUCUACGCCUGCUCCAUCCUGUACAAGACCAAGCUGCCCAUGAUCCUUGUCUUCAACAAGACUGACGUCAAGGAUGCCGCAUUCGCCAAGGAGUGGAUGACCGACUUUGAGGCUUUCCAGGCGGCCCUGCAGCGAGACGAGGAUGCCGGCGAUGGAGGCGGUGUGGAGGGUGGUGGCCAUGGUGGCAGUGGAUACAUGGGCAGCUUGCUCAACUCGAUGAGUCUGAUGCUGGAGGAGUUCUAUGCGCACCUCAGUGUCGUCGGUGUGAGCUCACGGCUCGGCACCGGUGUGGACGAGUUCUUCGAGGCCGUGGAGGAGAAGAAGCAGGAGUUCUUACGAGACUAUCAACCCGAACUCGAGAGGAGGAGAGCGGAGCGAGAGAAGUCGAAGAAGGAGUCCCGAGAAAAAGAGUUGGACAAGAUGAUGAAGGGAAUGUCAGUCGCCGGGCCGCAAGCACCACCCAAGGUGGACGACGACGACGACGUCGACGUUGUAAGCGACGAUGACGAUGAGGACUCGGAUGAGGAAGCCAUCAAGGAGAGCCUCCAGUCGAGAUACCAGACCGCCCUAGGAGACAACGACGACUCCAUCAUGGCGGAUGCGAGUUUCGCAAAGUACCUCCACUCGCAGAAAUAAAGGCAUUAUCACAUGGCAGCACAAGCGGCGUUUCCGGGGCACGAAGGAAUAUUUGCAUCAAGUGGAUGAACGGAUGGUUAGUUUAUUUGUAAUUUAGAUACCGAAGGCAACUUUGUCAAGAAAGAAAGAGUAA